AUGUUGCAAGAAAGAUAUUACUUUUUUAAUGGAAAACCACUAAAAGAAAUUAUUUAUGAAGAUGAUCAGUGUAUCGUGUUCGAAGAAUUGAAUUCUCAAGCACGUGUACAUUUCGUGGUGAUGCCCAAAAAAGUGAUAUCUAGGUUAUCCCAAACUUCAACGGCCGAUGAAAAACUACUUGGACGUCUUAUACUAGUAGCAAAAAAUAUUGCAAUUCAAAAAGGCUUGGACGAAAGUGGUUAUCAUAUCCUGAUUGAUAAAGAACCACGUACCAAAUUAUUAUCAUUACAUAUUUCUCGGGGCGUUCUAAAGCCAUUGCUCUGGCCUAUAACACCAAACUGCAGACUGUGA